AUCAUUUACCAGUUUCCAUAUGUUGUAUGGCACUUUCAGCAAGUUGUUAGUGAAUUUUUCGACUAGAAAAAGCUUUGUUUUUCCAUUAAGUUUCAUAAAAAGAUACCAAUCAAAUAAUAUGAGAGUUGUUGCUCUAAUAAGUGGCGGCAAAGAUAGCUGCUAUAAUAUGAUGCAAUGUAUGGCCGAUCAUCAUGAAAUUGUUGCUUUGGCAAAUUUAAAACCAAAAGAUCAAGAUGAAUUAGAUAGUUAUAUGUAUCAAACUGUUGGACACCAUGCCAUUGAUCUUUAUGCGGAAGCUAUGGAUUUACCUUUGUUUAGAAGAACAAUCGAAGGUUCAUCUAAAUUAACGGUCAAUAGCUACUUGCCAACAGAAGGGGAUGAAGUAGAAGAUCUAUACGAAUUAUUGAAAGAGAUAAAAGAAAAGGUUAAGGUAGACGCCGUCUCCUGUGGAGCUAUACUGUCUAAUUAUCAACGCUUGCGUGUUGAGAAUGUUUGCUCAAGAUUGGGAUUGACUUCUUUAGCUUAUCUUUGGCAACGUGAUCAGAGUGAAUUACUACAGGAAAUGCUAUCAGCUUCCUUGGAAGCUAUUAUAAUUAAAACAGCAUGCCUAGGUCUGGAUCCGAAAGAACAUUUGGGCAGGUCGCUGAAAGAUAUACAGCCGCAUCUUCUAGACAUGAACAAAAAGUACGGCUUGAACGUUUGCGGUGAAGGAGGGGAAUACGAGACAUUCGUUAUCGAUUGUCCUAUAUUUAAGAAACGUCUAUUAAUAGAUGAAGGAUCAGUUGAGAAAGUAAUUUCACAAAACGAUUCCAUGGUUGGUUAUCUGAAUUUAAAGAAAGUUAGCCUGCAAUCUAAAAGUAGUCAAGUAACUGACAAUUCAGUUAGCUUGGUGUAUGAUUCGAAGAGAACAAUAGAAGAAAUCGACGCACUAAGUAGAGAGGCGAAUAUUUCUAUUGAUGAUGUUGUAAAGGAAGUCGAUAAAGAGGCGAUGAAGAACAAACAAGAGAAUCUAAUAGGAUUUAGCGGUGAUAAAGUUCUGUUUAGUGAAAGACCCGAAAUCGGUAUGGCUUUUAUUAGCAGCGUGAUUGCCUUUCAUCAUGAAGAUGUCACUUUAGUGCAGUCCUCAAAGAAGGCGAUGAAUAAUCUUCAAGAAUGCGUCAAAGAGAAAGGUUAUAAAUUAGAGGACGUUGUUAGUGUUAAUUUAUGGGUAAAUAAUAUGUCAGUAUUCGCAGAAGUUAACAACGUUUAUAAAACAUAUUUUGCCCAUAAACCUCCAAUAAGAGCAUGCGUUCAGGCACCAUUACCCAAGAACGUACAUUGGCAGCUAGAUUGUAUCCUAACCAAAGAAAAUCCCAAUAACAGGACAAAUUUACAUGUUCAGGGUAUUAGUCAUUGGGCACCGGCAAAUAUUGGUCCAUAUAGUCAAGCUAACACAACUAACGGUUACGAUUUCUACGCCGGGCAAAUUGCUAUGGUCCCGGGAACUUUAGAUAUUAUUCCUGGAGGAAUAACAAACCAAUGCCAUUUAGCAGCAAGAAACGCUUUUCGUGCUAUUCGAGUGCAUUCCAAGAAUAAGCCAAACUUAGUAAUUAUCUACGUGACCGCGUUGGAAAAUGUUGUAUUGGCCGAAAACGUGUGGCGUUAUCAUUUCGACCGAACUUACAGCGCACCAGGCAUACAGACUAAAGAAUCGGUCGACGAUUGUCAUAUGAUAUCUUGCGUUUUGCCUGUUCUACCGAAAAACGCUUUGAUAGAAUAUCAGGCGAUCAGAAUCGACGGGGGAGAAGAAAGUCUGUCUUUAAAGGCGGAUUUUAAAAGAAAUGAGCUGUAUAAACUAGAUUAUGAAACGAGGGAAUUGUGCAGAAAAGAUGAAUCUAUACCUUUCUACGAAGUAUUCGUUUCGUGCGAGCACCCUUUGUCUUUGGUUGGUAAGGAGAGUGAAUUGGUCAAAGAUGUUAUCAAUUUCCCAAAUCUAUCAAGAAUCUUAUACGAAAGACCCUUGAAGAUCUUCUUUAAUCAGAGCCUCUUUCAAUACGAUAGAAUUUCAUCGGCGUUGGAGUCGAAUGGUUUCACUGGAGCCAUCAGCCUCAUUCCAGUAAAUUACGUGAAAAAAGAAAAUGGCUUAUUUAACUUGUUCGUCUUAUAA